AUGGACUCCUCCACCAACAAUUUCCAUAAGCUCCAAACCAAGAAAACCGCGAAACCUCGGAAACAUCAUCGUUACCUCCGAAUGAUCGCGAACGUGUUGCGGUACGUUGAGGUGUGCGUUGUUCUGGUCCUGGUUUCGAGGCUCUCCAUCAACCUACCAUCCACUCUCAAAAACUCAAGCGAGUAUUUCCGCAACUUCAUGGGUAGUCCCCGCUUUGUGUUUUUCCUCGGAAACGUCAUCAUCAUAACGUUGUUCGCACAAUCGGGUCAUUUUUCAAAUCACGCUUCGGAAAAACCAUCCCCAGAACCCGAUCUCUAUCUCGAGUUUCUCCAAAAUAGCACCAUCAAACAAAAACUAAUAGCCCACAACAACAAUCGUAAGGCGAAGGCGAGUGUGAGAGUGGAGGAUGGUGCAAAGGGUCAAAAAACUCAUCCCACCAAAACCGAGACCAGUUUGGAGGUGGUGAAGAAGGAUUAUCGAAGGUGUCAAUCGGAUAUCGUAACGCUUGAGGUGGAGAAUGAGAAACCUACGCGCUUGUUGCAGAGGUGCGAAACUGAGAAAGUGGGUAAGAACGUUAAUUCGUACCCUGAAGAUGGGAUGAGCAACGACGAGUUUCGUCGCAAGGUUGAGGCUUUCAUUGCUCGCCAACAGAUGCUACGAACCCAAGAAUAA